AUGAAUUCGUGCUGCGGCUUCCGUUGUCCCUGUGACGACGGCAUGGAUGUAUCGUGUGUGAGCCAGCAGGAUCGCCGGGUCAUGAAGAUGGCUAGGAAGCCGCCGCUGAUGACGCUGCUCAAGAGGAUGCCGCCGAAGCCGCAGAAGGCGGCCCGCUUGUUCCAGCCCAAGCUGGAGAGGAACAAGGCUCCCUCGAUGGUGGCCUCGCGCAAGGAAAGGGUCAAGGAUAUCAAGGUGGUGGCUCCGCCGGCUGCCGGGGGCCCAGGAACGGUAUCGGGAUCGGGACCACAAACUGGACGCAACCAUCGUGGUGGCCGGCUCUUCGAUCGCCAGUCGGGAUCCAAUUGCACCGGCGUGAAGGCGGUGGACAAACGCAAGGGGGGCGGGGCCCACAACUGGGGAUCGCCGGAGCAGGAGAUCGAGUUGGCCCAUUGGCGCACCUCCUCCAAGAGGAGCAAGCCAACCAGGAAUGCGUAUGUCCAGUCGAAGUUGCUCGAAGGCGGGGAGGAUUCUUCAGAGGAGCCCGAGCAAUUCACACUGGACGAGUGGCGUGCCAUGCAGAAGAAGAAAUGGCUCGAGAAGGAUCAGGAGAAGCUAGCCGAGAAUGAUAAGGCAUCAGAGGGUUCUGUAGGAUCAGGGGGGUCGGGGGAACGACGUUCUAGUCGCCUGGUCGACAUUCGUUUUAAUUUCUACACCAAGCCAGGACCCAUUUUGAAGAUCAGCGACGAUGACUCGGAGUUCUGCCCAAAGGUCGGCGAUGAGGGGCAGUUCCCGAACCUUUCCUAAGUCAGCAUAUUCAAGUUGUAUUCAAAUUUUGGUAUUUUAAGUGACAUUCGUUUG